UGGAUGGAAGCCGCUCGACAGGAAGUCCCAGCGCUGCCCCGCCUCGCACACUUCCUGUCGGCGCCGAGACACUUCUACAAGCUGAUUGGAUCUCGGCUUCAGAGGAGGAAGACGCCCGAAAGAGACAUCAGAGUCCUGCAGAGAGACAUCAGAGUCCUGCAGAGAGACAGAAUCCAGCAGAGACACAUCAGAUUUCUAUAGAGAGACAUCAGAGUCCUGCAGCGAGACGUCAGAGUUCUGCAGAGAGACAUCAGAGUCCUACAGAGAGACAUCAGAGUCCUGCGGAGAGAUGUCAGAGUCCUGCAGAGACACAUCAGAUUCCUAUAGAGAGACAUCAGACUCCUGCAGAGAGACGUCAGAUUCCUAUAGAGAGACAUCAGAGUCCUGCAGAGAGACAUCAGAUUCCUACAGAGAGACAGAGUCCUGCAGAGAUACAUCAGAGUCUAAACCCAGAUCCUCUUAGUCCAGAUCAGACUUAUCCACUAAACCCAGAUCCUCUUAGUCCAGAUCAGAAGAAACGUGGCGAUGAACAUGAACAGAAACCUCUGGACUCUCCCCGGAAGUUCACACCGAGAAACAGCGACCAGAAAACCGAAGAGGACCUUCCACCUCGUCCUCCCUUUAACCCUUCACCCCCCAACCAUCAACCCCAGAACCCUCUAACUGCCAACCCUUCACCCCCCAACCAUCAACCCCAGAACCCUCUAACUGCCAACCCUUCACCCCUCAAUAAACAACAACAGAAAGAUUUCAAGCUCCACGUCUCUGAGUCCAAAGACCAGCAGAACAAGCAGCAUUGGACUCAGGACUCUCUCCUCAACACUGAGGCAGCUGCUCAGUCGUCUCCAAACAAAGCAUCGACCCAGGCCCCCCCAGUCCAGGUCCCGCCGCUCCACGCUCCACCAGUUAAGGCCCUGCCAGUCCAGGCCCCUCCUGUCCAGGCCCCGCCGGUCCAGGCUCCGCCAGUCCAGGCCCCACUAGUCCAGGCCCCACCAGUCCAGGCCCCUUUGGUCCAGACUCUGCUGGUCCAGGCUCCACCAGUCAAGGUCCCACCUCUCCACGCUCCACCAGUUAAGGCCCUGCCAGUGCAGGCCCCGCCAGUUCAGGCCCCACUAGUCCAAGCCCCACCAGUCCAGGCCCCACCAGUCCAGGCUCUGACAGUGCAGACCCCGGCAGUACAGGCCCCACCAGUCCAGGCUCCGCCAGUGCAGGAUCCGCCAGUGCAGGCCCCACCAGUCCAAGCUCUGCUGGUCCAGGCUAUGCCACUUCAGUCCCCGCUGGUCAAGGCCCCACCAGUCAAGGCCCCACCAGUCCAGGCUCCGCCAGUCCAGGCCCCAUCAGUCCAGGCUCCGCGAGUGCAGGCCCCGCAAGUCCAGGCCCCCCAAGUUCAGGCCCCACCUCCCACGCUUGAGGUGUAUUGUGACCCCAUGCGGCCGGGCCUUCUGCUUUCUACCAGAGGUGAACCCAAACUGUGCGGUUUCCUGCAGAAGCAGGGCGGGCCCCUGAGGGCCUGGAAGCAGCGCUGGUUCACCUAUGAGGAGAAGAAGAACCAGCUGUUCUAUUACCACACACCGAAGGAUGUGACGCCGCUGGGCCACGUGCAGCUCUCCAGCGCCACCUUCACCUACCCGCUGCAGGCUGAGAAGGGCACCUUCCACAUCAAGACCCCUGAACGCACCUUCAUACUCAAGGCGGUGAGCCAGGAGCUGAUGCUGUACUGGCUGCAGCAGCUGCAAGUUCGACGUUGGCAGCACCAGCAGACGUCCUCCUGCCUGGACCUGAUCCACAACAAAAACAACAACAACAACAACAACAGCAACAACUCUGCAGAUGACUUCCUGUUUCCUGUCAGCGCAGAGGACUUCCUGCCGGUGCUGGGUCUGGUGGGGGAGGGGGCAGCCAACGUCCCGUCUCAACGCGGGCCGCUCGCGGACGUGUCGCUCAAACAUCCGCUCAUCCACAUCCAAAACUCCGUCCACAGUUUCCGUAAGCGCUUGUCCCAGGACCUACCAAGUCCGAGCGUGUUUCAUGUGGACGCUCCGCCUUGGACCCCCCAGAGUGCGGCUUCCAGCACCACCUCAGCACCUCCGGACCCGCCCCCUGCCCUCUCAUUGGCUGAGCCAGUAGGCCUGGCGUCCUUGACAAAUGGCAGGGAGUCCCACUCCCUGUUGGAGAGCCUGAGCGGGAAGACAAAGUCUUUGUCAUCCACCAUGACUAUGUCAUCCCGCAUGUCCCGUCUGCAGACGGAGAAGCAGAUGCUGAUGGAGGAAGUCAAAGCUCAGAAGGAGCUGGUGUGGAUCCUCCACCGAGCGUUGGAGGCGUCUCAGCUGGAGAAGCGAUCGUGUGCCGAGUUCCUGGCGGCGGACGGCGAGCAGGAGCGUCUGGAGCUGCUGCGACACCGCGAGCGGCAGGUGACCGACCUGCGCCGCCAGCUGGACACCGCCAGGGUGGAGGCAGACGCCGCCAUGGUGGAGGCGGACGCCGCCAGGAAGGAGGCAGACGCCGCCAAGACGAGUCUGGCUCAGAGAGACGCUCAGCUCGCCGAGCUGAAGGAAAACAUCCGCAAGCUCACGGAGAAAAACAACGCCAAGCAGCAGGUGAUCAUAAAGCUUUCGGAUCAGGUGACCAUGUCCUCCGGCGGCGGCGUGGACUCUCAGACCUUCAGACAGCUUCAGCAGGAGAUCGAGAACCUGAAGGAUGAUAUCGAGGCGUAUAAGACUCAGAACCAGUUCCUGAACUCUGAGAUCUUCCAGCUGACCCAACUCUGGAGAACCAGCUCAGAGCAGCAGAGGAGUCUGAUGGUGAAGUGUUCCUACCUGGAGGCCAGUACCUGCCAGGUGGAGAGCCAUUACCUGGGUGUCCUGCGGCAGCUGCAGGAGAUCAAACUUCUGGAUGCGGCCCAGCAGGCCGCCGUCCAGAAGCUUAUUGAGGACGCUCUAAAAAGCGAGCUGAAGACUGCCGUCAGGCUCACCGUGGCAAGAGACUACGAUGAGUACGGAUUUAAGAUCAUCCCUGAUUAUGAGGUGGAGGACAUGAAGCUGCUGGCAAAGAUCCAGGACCUGGAGAUCCGGUCUCACAAUCUGCUGCACCAGGAGGGUGGGGAGCGCCACCUGGCGGGCCGCUGGGCCCAGUUCCUGGCGGGCCGGUCUGAGGACGACCUCCGUCCGUCCCCAGAGCUGAAGGCUCUGCUGCGGGGCGGCGUCCCCCCAGAGUACCGGCCCCGGGUCUGGCGCUGGAUGGUCUGGACCAGAACCAGGACCCUCAGAGACCGGCACCCACAGCGCUACCAGCAGCUGUGUGAGAAGAGCCGGACAUCUCCCCAUCCGGCCUCCAGACAGAUCCAGCUGGACCUGCACCGCACCCUGACAACCAAUCAGCACUUCUCCUCACCCUCUAGCCCCGCCCUCCAGCAGCUCCGCCGCAUCUUGUUGGCUUUCUCCUGGCAGUACCCUGCCAUUGGUUACUGCCAGGGACUUAACAGACUGGCGGCCCUUGCUUUGCUGGUCCUUCAGAGUGAAGAAGACGCCUUCUGGUGUCUGGUGGCCGUGGUGGACAUCAUGCCCCAGGACUACUACACCAAGGACCUGCUGGCCUCUCAGGCGGACCAGCGGGUCCUGAAGGACUUCCUGUCCGAGAAGCUCCCCCGUCUCUCGACCCAUCUCCAGGACCUCGACGUGGACGUGUCCCUCGUCUCCUUCAACUGGUUCCUGGUCGUCUUCGUGGAGAGUCUCCCCAGCAACAUGCUGCUGCCCCUGUGGGACGCCUUCCUGUACGAGGGGACCAAGGUACACACACACAGACACACACACGCACAGACACACAAACAGGUGGGGGUUCUGUCUCUUAGCGGGUCUCGCGACAGCUGCUCCAAAUCUCAGCGGGAAACACCGGACACACACCGGGAAUACACCGUGCACACAGCGGAGAGGAGGCGACCGGAGAGCGGAGACAGGCGGGGGUCUGUGGCCCAGGAGCUCGGCUGUCUGUCCGCCUGCACACGACAGUUUGGAUGUAACGGCGGGUGA